ACCACCUUAUGACCGAUCAAUGCAUCCGAUAAGGUUUGUGCCAUGGAAUCACCACUUCUCUCCAUCCUUCUUCCUUUCAUCCUAUGCACUCUCCUCCUAAUUCUCCUCAUCAAAAAGCUCACCCUUCACCAAACCUCUAAUCCUACUAACUUCCCUCCAGGCCCAUGGAAGCUCCCCAUCAUCGGAAACUUGCACCAACUAUUAGGCAAGCACCCACACCGAAGGCUUCAUGACCUUGCCAAAAGCUAUGGCCCUCUCCUCCACCUCAGGCUCGGUGAGAUCAAUCUUAUUGUCAUCACAUCUAGUGAAUUUGUUCGUGAUAUUUUCAAAACUCAUGACCUCAAAUUUGCUUCAAGGCCUAAGUUAAUGGCAGGCAAGAUAAUCCUUUACAACUAUGCUGAUUUAGGCCUUGCACCUUAUGGAAAUACAUGGUCAAAAUUACGUAAAAUUUGUACUGUUGAAUUGUUUAGCUUAAAGCGAGUUAUGUCUUUUAAGUAUAUAAGAGAGGAAGAAGGAAAUAAUCUUGUGGAGAAGAUUAUGACAGCGAAAAGAUCACCUGUAAAUUUGUCAGAGAUGUUUUUAUCGCUUACAAAUGUUACAAUUGCGAGGGCUGCAUUUGGGAAAGGAAGUUCACAACAAAAGAGGUUUUUGUUGGCGAUAAAGAAGAUGUAUGACUAUUUUUCAGGUUUCAAUGUGAUUGAUUUAUUUCCUUCGUGGAGUUUUGUUGGUGAGAUAAGUGGAUUGAGGCAUGGGAUGGAGAAAGUUCACAAGGAAAUGGAUGGUAUUUUGAAUGAGAUAAUUGAGGAGCAUGAGAUGAAGAAGUCGGAUGAAGAUGAUAUCAAUGAAGAUUUGGUUGAUGUUCUUUUGAGAAUUAAGAGAAAUGGAGAGAUGGAUUUAUCUCUGACGAUGGAAAAUGUCAAAGCUGUCAUAUUAGAUUUAUUUCUUGCGGGAUCGGACCCCUCAUCUACUACACUUGUGUGGGCUAUGACAGAGCUCAUUCGACAUCCUAAAGUUAUGCAAAAAGCUCAAUUAGAGGUGAGAAAAGCCUUAAAUGGAAAGAUAAGAAUAGAAGAGGGAGACAUGCAUAAGCUUCCAUAUAUAAAUCAAGUUAUCAAAGAAACUCUUAGAUUACACCCUCCUGGCCCUCUCUUAGUGCCAAGAUUAUGUUGUGAGACAAUUGAAUUAGCUGGCUACACUAUACCAGUUGAAAGUCGGGUUGUGAUUAAUGUAUGGGCAAUGAUGAGAGAUCCAAAGUAUUGGGAAGAUCCUGAGAUUUUUCAACCAGAGAGAUUUGAAGAAAAAGCAAUCGAUUUAAGUGUAACAAACUUUGAGUUUACCCCUUUUGGUGGAGGAAGGAGGAUUUGUCCAGGGAUGUCUUUUGCAUUGGCAAGCAUGGAGCUUUGGCUUGCACAACUACUAUUCUACUUCGAUUGGGAACUUCCGGGAGGUAGGAGUCCUCAUGAAUUGGAUGUGGAGGAAGCUUUUGGUCUAACAUUAACUAGAAAAAAUGAUUUAUGUUUAGUUGCAACAUAUCAUGCGUAGUUUAUCCAUGGUUACCUUUUUCUUUAAUGAAGUCAAUAAGCAUUUCUAUGUAAGGACAUCUAGUUUUUUGUCAAACUAUAGCUACUUUUAUGAAAUA